AUGUGCCUUUAUGAGGUGCUCCGUUUCAAUGAACUGUUCAUUGGAAGAGACAGUCUUUUCCCUUUGCAUGAAGAAAGUACCGAGCUUAACAAUGUCAUCGAGAAUGUUCUGCAAGAUGUAAUUCAUUUAGCCGCAUUAUGGGACUUUGCCUGCACGGAAGACAAACACAAUAAGAUUCUUGCCGGGAGGCGUGAUUACAGGGACACAAAGAUGUGCAUGAGGCUUGCCGGUGCUGCCUUAUGA